GCAUCUUCUGCACCUGAUUUGCUCGGCUGCAGGGAAGCACUGGAAGCACCAUUCAUCGUCACAGAGACAGCAGCACUUUAUCUAGACUCACCAGGCAGGCCUUUUUGCCAAGACAAGCAUCCAUUAGUGCAGAAACAUGGGUUCAGGAGGCCUGACAUUCAGCUGUUUGGUUUUGGCAACCCUGAUGAUUCUAAAUCACGCCGGCCUGGUAAAGAAGAUGAUCAGACACCGACGGGAAGAUCUGACGAUUCCCGGCAUACACAACAUAACCCUUCCGACCUCUUCCCAACCGCUCGUUUUUAACCACGUCUACAACAUCAAAGUUCCCGGCAGCUCUUUAUGCUCUGCGAAUCUGGACUCUCCCGCUGGUUCAGAUCUUGAACAGAAGGAUGCACCAUCUAGCUCAGAAGUAACAGACCACACACUGGACAGCAGUAAUCAGAUCGUCUUCACCCACCGCAUCAACAUCCCCAAGCAGGCGUGUGGCUGUACGGAGGGACUGCCGGACCUGAAGGAGCUCCUGAAUCGGCUGGAGAUGUUGGAGGGCGAGGUGUCGACGCUCAGAGAGCAAUGCGCCACAGAAACCACCUGCUGCAGCGCUCAGGCCACAGGUGCUAUAGGAACAAAGCCGUACUGCAACGGCCGUGGAAACUACAGCACGGACACCUGCGGCUGCAUCUGUGAGCCCGGAUGGAAGGGCCCCAACUGCACCGUUCCCGACUGUCCCAGAGACUGCAGCGACCAGGGCCGCUGCGCUAACGGAAAGUGCGAGUGUUUCGAUGGCUUCAUGGGUGAGGACUGCAGCGUGGAGACCUGUCCAGUUGACUGUGGUGAGAACGGCCGUUGCGUUAACGGAGUGUGCGUUUGCAAUGAAGGCUUCUCCGGAGACGAUUGUACAGAGACGGAUUGCCUCAACAACUGUUUGGGACGCGGCAGCUGCAUUGAUAGCGAGUGUGUCUGCGACGAACCCUGGACCGGAUUUGAUUGCUCCGAGCUCAUCUGUCCACAUGACUGCUACGACCGCGGGCGAUGCGGCAACGGGACUUGUUAUUGCGAUAAAGGCUUCACCGGAGAGGACUGCGGCACGAUCGCUUGUCCGAACGACUGCUCGGGACGAGGUUUUUGCAUUGACGGCCGUUGUGUAUGCAUUGCUGGCUACUCCGGCGAGGAUUGUUCCAGCUUGACCUGUCCGAACGACUGCAAACAAAGAGGGCGCUGUUUCAACGGCGUUUGCAUUUGCGAAAUUGGUUAUUUCGGAGAGGACUGCGGGAAGCUCUCCUGUCCGAAUAACUGCAACGGUAGAGGACGCUGCAUCGACGGGCACUGCGAAUGCGACGUCGGAUUCCAAGGUCAUGAUUGUUCGGAGUUUAGCUGCCCCAAUAAUUGCAACAACCGUGGGCGCUGCGAUAACGGCCAGUGCGUUUGCGAAGAGGGAUUCGGCGGCGAGGACUGCAGCAUCAAAACCUGCCUGUCGGACUGCUACGGCCGAGGCCAGUGCGUGGACGGGAAGUGCGUUUGCUUUGCGGACUUCACUGGCGGAGACUGCAGUGAAUUGAGCUGCCCAAGCAACUGCCUGAACCGUGGACGCUGCAUCGCGGGACAGUGCGUUUGCGACGAAGGCUUCACCGGAGAGGACUGCGGUCAGAGGAAGUGUCACAAUGACUGUCUCGGCCGCGGACGCUGCGUGGAAGGACAGUGUGUAUGCCAGGAGGGUUUUGAGGGCCCGGAUUGCUCCGUUCCCACCUGUCCUGGAAACUGCAAUAACCGUGGACGCUGCCUCAAUGGGAAAUGUGUGUGCGACAAGGGAUUCGUUGGAGACGCCUGUGGAGAAAGAAGCUGUCCGAAUGAUUGCAGUGGUGUGGGGCAAUGUUUGGACGGCCGCUGCGUGUGUGAUGAAGGCCACAUUGGCGAGGAUUGCUCAGAAGUCUCACCACCGGAAGACCUGACCGUCACGGAUGUGACAACGGAGAAGGUGAACCUCACAUGGAAGAACGAGAUGCUGGUUACGGAGUAUUUGGUUACGUACAUCCCGACGUCACCAGGCGGCCUGCAGCUGGACUUCCGUGUACCUGGAGAUCGUACGUCUGCUACCGUCUCUGAGCUGGAGCCGGGAAUCGAGUAUCUCAUCAAUGUUUAUGCUGUCCUCAACAACAAGAAGAGCGUUCCUGUCAGCGCCAGAGUGGCCACAUAUCUUCCGCAGCCCGAGGGCCUGAAGUUUAAAUCCAUCAGUGAUACGUCUGUGGAGGUUUUGUGGGACCAGCUGAACGUUCCAUUCGACGGCUGGGAGCUCAUCUUCCGUAACACGAAGGAAGAAAACGGGAAGAUAGUGAACAAUCUGACACCUUCCCAGACCAACUUUGAGCAACCGGGACUUGGGCCGGGACAGGAAUAUGAAGUGACUUUGUCGGUCAUAAAGAACGACACCAGAGGACCCGGAACAAACUCGACUGUAGUAACAAGAACCUCCACCCACACAGAUCUGGAUCCGCCACGCGACCUGGAAGUGCGAGACUCCACCGAAACCACCCUGGAACUGGUCUGGAAGAGGCCCAGGGCCAAGCUCUCCACCUACAGGCUAGCAUUCGUCUCUGCCGACGGCCGACGGGAAGAAGUCGAGCUGCCUGUUACCGCAACCACCUAUACCCUGAGCGGCUUGAGCCCUGGCAUGCGCUACACCAUCACCCUCGUGGCAGAACGUGGGCGGAGGAGAAGUGCUCCUGCCACCAUCACCACCUCCACAGCAUCUUUCACUUUUUAUCUAGCGAACACAUUUCCUGAGCUCGGUUCAGCCAAAGGCACCGAUGACAAUGUCAUUAGCUUUGUGUCUCUCGACAACUCAGAGAUCCCGUUCUCUGGGAGCGGAUACGAGGAUCCCACUGGCACCUUGACUCUGUCUAAUGUCACAUCCGAAGGAUUUGAUCUUGUGUGGGAGUCAAAUAAACACAUUGGCUAUGAUAGUUACACUGUAGAACUUAAAGAUUUCUCAGGGAAAUGGAAGGAGGAGGUUCAUCUCCAUGGGGAGGUGAAUGACACUAAAAUCCGUGGCCUAAAGGCUUCCACGGAGUACCAAGUAAGGCUUUAUGGAAUAUCCAAUAACCAAAGAUCUUCAAUACUAGAAGCAGUUGCAGUUACAGCACCAAAGUCUACCUCUCCUGAUGUUGUUGCUUUGACCUUCACAAGUGUUUCAACAACGCUACCAAGCCUCCAUAAGGAGGUUCAGCCAUCAGUCUCUACCUCCACUCUUUUAACAGAGGAUUUUAAAGCUGAAGCCUCAGGUGAUGAACUCGAGGACCCGAAUCAAGGGCCUCCGGGUGACCUAAACGUCACCGAUGUGAGCAGGAAUAGUUUGAGGCUGUCUUGGUCAGCUCCUGAUGGAGCCUUCGAUAGCUUCAUCGUUGAGUUGAACUCAACAUCAAAUAAGUCCAAAGACAGUGUUAUUGAAGUGUCUGGAGAAGCCAGGCAGGUCCAUGUAGAUGGACUGAACCCUGACACGCUUUAUGAGAUUACAUUGUGUGGGAUGAAGGAGGGCGAGAAAUCCCAACCAGUCAAUGUUCACAUCAAGACAGAGGAGCAGAGGCCGCAGAUUGGCAGUCUGAGUGUGUCUGAUGUGUCUUGGGAUAGCUUCAAUGUGUCCUGGACCAUUGAGGAUGACUCUGCCUUUGACAGUUUUGUGAUUGAAGUGGCAAAUGCAGCAGGUCCAGAAAGACAGGACCUUUCGGUAUCUGGUGAUGCACGUAGUUUAUGGAUGUCUGGGCUCAGUCCCGACACGUCCUAUAUAAUUACACUGUACGGAGUGCAUCAGGGCUCGAUCCUGGGAUCGAUCUACACUCAAGCAGCUACAGAUAGUGCUCCAGUGGUUGGCAAUCUGUAUGUUUCUAAUUUUACAUCAGAGAGCUUCUCCAUUUCAUGGAAUGACACGAGAGGAGAUAUUGAGAGGUUUAUCCUGGAGAUUAUAGACUCUAGCUGGCAGCGGGAGCCAGUCGAAUAUAAUCUGUCACAAAGCACACAGUCGUAUGAAAUCACUGGGCUACGGCCGACUACUGACUAUAUAGCUUACCUCACUGGAGUCGUGAAGGGAAGGAGAACAGACUCCGUCAGUGCUGUCGCCACCACAGGUAACUGCAAUUCUCUCGUUUCCUUGCUGUUUUCCCCCUUCAUUCAUCCAGAGCCGAAGCCUAAAUUGGGCCCCAUUGUGGUGUCUGAAACACGGCCGAAUAGCUUGACGCUGUCCUGGAGCACACUGUCAGGCCACUUCGAUGGCUUUGCUGCUCGUGUCACUGACCGUGAGCAGCUGUAUGAUGUUGUAGAGCUCAGGCUGUCAGGUGCAGAGAGGAACCUUACUGUCACGGGUCUUAUGGACUCUACGGUUUAUGAUAUAGUGUUUUAUGGUCUGUCUCGUGGCCGUCAAACUCCAGCAGUUUCCUUCAAUACCAGUACAGUGUCAUUACCUAGAGUGGAAAAUCUCACGGUUUCGGAUAUUACCCCAUACGGAUUUCGGGUGUCCUGGGCGGCAGACUCCUCUGAGGGCUUCAGGCAUUUUCAGGUAAAGGUGUCGGACUCUGGCCAGCUGCUGGAGCCGCAAGAGUUCGUAGUGCCGGGGAACCAGACCGUACUGGAUGUUUUGGGCCUGAUCACUGGCAUUGGCUAUGAGGUCAGUGUGACCGGGGUGUCAGGGAAUGGGUUACAGUCUCGUCCAAUCACCACAGUGGCUGUUACAGAGGCAGAGCCAGAGAUCGAGCACCUUUUCGUGUCGGACGUCACCCCUGAGAGUUUCCGGCUGGCCUGGACGGCAGAAGACGACAUGUUAACAGGCACUCCCAUGAUCCUGACAGCGGACGGGUCACAGUCUCAGGUUUCGCUGACAAAUCUGAUCCCCGGAGAGGCGUAUCAGAUGUCGGUUGUUGCAGUGAAAGGUCUGGAGGAGAGCGAACCAGUGUCCGACACUUUUACGACAGCCCUGGAUACGCCACGCAGCCUGACUGCUGUCAAUGUCACUGACACAAAGGCGCUGUUGCUGUGGCAACCUGCCGUGGCGACCGUGGAUGGAUAUGUGAUCACAUACAGUGCAGACACAGUGCCACCGAUAUCAGAGCAGGUUUCUGGAAACACGGUGGAGUUUGAGAUGAGCUCACUGGCUCCAGCAACUCAAUACACUGUCAAUGUUUACGCCAUCAGAAACCGAGAGAAAAGCACUCCGGCGACCACAGACUUCACUACAGAUGUGGACUCUCCGCGGGAUCUGGUUGCCAGUAAUAUUCAGACAGACAGCGCCGUUCUCACCUGGACGCCGCCGCGCGCCGCCAUCACCGGAUAUAUCCUGACCUUUCAAGCGUCUGACGGCGAUGUCAGGGAGCUGAAUCUAGAGCCGUCUGCGACCUCACACAGUCUGUCUGAUCUGAGCAGCAGCACUGAACACACAGUCCGACUGCAGGCCGUCGCUGAGGACAAGAGGAGCACACAGAUCAGCACCGUCUUCAGCACAGUUGGUAUGCGCUACAGGAACGGCAAGGACUGCUCAGAAGCUCUGAUGAACGGAGAGACGUCCUCCGGGCCAUACACCAUUUACAUCAGCGGAGACGAGAAGCAGCCGGUCCGGGUUUACUGUGACAUGAGCACUGACGGCGGUGGCUGGAUGAAAAGUUCCAUGGAUGUUAAAGGUGAUUCCUUGUCAUAUCACCAGAACAGACCCUUCUCCACCUAUAACAAUGACAAUGACAUUGCCGUCACCAACUGUGCCCUGUCCUACAAGGGAGCGUUCUGGUAUAAAAACUGCCAUCGAGUGAACCUGAUGGGGAAAUAUGGAGACAGCAGUCACAGCAAAGGCAUCAAUUGGUUCCACUGGAAAGGCCACGAGCAUUCGAUUCCAUUCGCGGAGAUGAAGAUCCGGCCAGUCAAUUUCAGAAACUUGGAAGGCAGACGGAAAAGAUCAUAGACUUUAAAUGCCCCUCUUUCUCUUUUCUCCAAAAUCCCACACAUCUCUCGUCACAGACAGAUACGAUUAGAUCUCCUGAGUAAAAAAUUUCUAGCCAUUUGAGCUCUGCUUUCCAUGUCAACAUUAUUAUCAUCAUUAGAGACAGAAUAUGUUAUAAACGGCCGUGAAUGGUGGAGGGUUUUCCAUAAACUUGGUAAAAACAGGCACGUGAAAUGUGAUAUUUCUUCCUAUAACAAACCUCCAUUUUCAGAAUGAUUCAAGGAAAUCUUCAAUGAUCUUAUACAGUUCUUGUUCAGAAGUGGUCAUUUCCUCUACUGAAUCAUUACCACGCUCAGGUCUGGCAUACAGUAGCCAGGAUGGUGCAAAUAAGCGUGUUCAUUUUGUCAGCAACACUUCAAUGUGAUUGUUUUCUGAAAGGAUUGUAUUAUGUAUUAUUGAUCAUUUGUUUUAAAAUUUAUUUUUAUUUAGUUUUCUUUUCCCCCAUAGAGUUCUCAGUAAUUAUAAUCACUAAAGAAAGUGUUGAUUAAACUUGAUCUCUUCUCCUGGAAUGUGUCUAAAAUUGAU